CCAAGUGGAAUGUUGUUUUGUAGGGCUCAGUUAAAUCAUUGCGUUGCUAAUCGUUUGCUUUUGCAAUACAGAGUUGCACUAGUAUGUCGACACGUGAGCAGAUCACUUGCUGCGCAUUGCAGUGAUCAGACAAGAUUCAAUGAAAUUCGAAUCCAGAUGCUGUCCAAGAGUCUGCACGAUCAGCUAUUCGGUGGCAGACAAGAUCACGUGCCGGCUGACACACUGAAUGCAAUUCGAGAGGAUCUAAGAAAGCACAACCUGUGGGGCCGACAAGGACAAGUAACUGGCGACACAAAUUUUAAACUUCCGGAAUUACUUGGAAAGAACCCGGAUGACCAUUUUAAACAGAUUGCUAUCGAGCAGAGUGAACCGUACUUAAACUAUGCCAAACGUUUCAUCCGCGGCCCGCUUCCCAGGAUGCCAAAUGAAUGGCUUUUUCACUCGGGGUGGACAAAGUACGACACACAAACCGGUGACAGGAUUUUAAUUGAUUACCCGGAUGAUGAAGCAUUAGUCUUUGAUGUUGAAGUUUGCGUGAAGGACAGUCCUCUCCCGGUGUUGGCUGUGGCUGCGUCUGAGAGUACGUGGUACUCUUGGGUAAGCAGCAGGCUUGUGGAGAGGCAGCAAUACGGAUGGUUGUCACAAAACGUUGUUGAAAAUUUGAUUCCAUUUGAGAGUGUAGGGGAUGGAGAGGAGAUGAGACGAGGAGAGAGAAUGAAGAGGUUGGUGGUUGGUCAUAUGGUGGGGUAUGAUAGAGCGAGGAUCAGAGAACAAUACGAUAUCAAUGCAAGCCACACAAAAUUUCUCGACACUGGAAGCCUCCACAUGUGCGUCUCAGGUUUUAGCUCCUUGCAGCGUUCACUAGUAAUGAAACGGCGACGAAAAAAGGGAAAAAAGACGCCGUGGGAAAAAGUGGGUGCAAUGAACUCACUAGAGGAAAUUCACCAGUUUUACGUUGGAGGUGAAAAACUGGACAAAACGCCUCGUGAUACAUUCGUCGAGGGCACGUUGAGUGAUGUGUAUGACGACUUCCAGCGUUUGAUGUUGUAUUGUGCGUGUGACGUGCGUGCAACGCAUCAGGUUUUGUGUGUUGUGUUGCCCAUGUUUUUGGAGCGUCUGCCGCAUCCAGUGACGUUUGCUGGGAUGUUGGAGAUGGGGCUGGCGUAUCUGCCUGUUGACCAGAUGUGGUGUGAGUAUGUUGAUAUGGCGGAUAAAGUUUAUGGAGAUUUGGAACGAGAGAUGAAGAGUAACUUGAUGAAGCUUGCUGAUGAGGCGUGCAGUUAUGGACAUAAUGAACAGUAUAAAUAUGAUCCCUGGUUGCAUGGCUUGGAUUGGAAGGUACCUAAAUAUCUGAAGAAAAGACGCUUGAAAACACUGUCUGAUGAAGUGAAGAAAACUCUUGAAAAGAAAGUGAUUGAUGAAGAUGUUUUUCAGCCGGAUGUUUGGCGACAGCAUUUGCCGGGAUAUCCUAAUUGGUAUCGCAAGCUUUGUCCUCGAAUUGAAGAGCAGACUGGAUUUGGUGUGUCUUUGAUAAGUGCAAACUCACAGGUCACACCAAGUCUGUUACGUCUGCAAUGGGAUGGUCGUCCUCUCUAUCAUAUGAAGAACUCUGGAUGGGGCUAUUUAGUUCCUGUUGGUGAUGACACAGAAAAAUUUAACAAACUAGUGGAAAAUAGUCUAGAAAUACACAAUAGGUUUGCUUUUGAUAAACAAGAAGCCUUUGUUGAUAAGCCAGUCACUGCAGGUGAUGUUGUUCGUUUUGUUGAAGAGUUGGAUGUGUUGGACAUCGCAUGUACGGAUGUGUGGCAUGCUAUGGAAGCUUUGGAGUUGGAAAUGGCAAAUGAAAAUGGAAAUGUAGGUCAAAUUGAUGAGAAUCAGGAGAUGAAAAUUGCAGUGAAGAAACUGCCUGGACUGAAGCAGGAAAUUGUUUUAUUUGAUCAUCCAUUACUGGGGAAAGUUCGAUUUGUACCAUUGCCACACAAAGAUGGGGACAAUCACAAUGUUGGUAAUCCAUUAGCCAAGACAUUUCUAUCAAGAAUGGAGGAUGGCACUCUCACGUCAGGAAGUGGAGACUUGGGAAAGGAGACACUGAGACUUAAUGGAAUAGUGUCAUUCUGGAGAAGCAAUCGGAAGAGAAUAUUAGAUCAGUUUACUGUGUGGCUACACAAACAAGAAACAAGCCAAUCCAAUGGAAUGAUAAUUGAGAACAGUCAACCAAAGUUUGGUGUCAUUCUACCUCAAGUUCGUGUGGCUGGAACCGUAACGAGACGAGCAGUAGAGCCGACGUGGCUUACAGCAAGCAAUGCAAAGGAGGAUCGUUUGGGCUCCGAACAGAAAGCCAUGAUUCAAGCACCGUCUGGUUAUUGUUUUGUUGGUGCUGAUGUUGACAGCCAGGAGCUGUGGAUAGCUGCCAUUCUUGGCGAUUCACAAUUUGCAGGCAUUCACGGCUGCACACCAUUCGGCUGGAUGACAUUGCAAGGACAGAAGACUGAAGGAACAGACCUCCACAGCAAAACAGCUGCAACAAUUGGAAUCAGCAGAGACCAAGCAAAAAUAUUUAAUUACGGUCGUAUCUAUGGAGCUGGUCUUCCAUUUGCUGUCCAUAUGUUACAACAAUUCAAUCAUCAAAUGACUGAAGAAGACGCUACAGAGAAAGCCAAGCAGUUGUAUGCUGCAACGAAGGGAACGAGACGUUAUCAAGUGUCAAACGUGGGAUUUGAUUUGUGUCAAGAGCAUGAUAUCAUGUGUGAUGAGAAUGGGGAGAUUUCGUCUGAGGAGAUGGCUGAACUGAGAUUUUUGACUAAAAAAUCACCCCGUACUCUCAGUAUUAACCAAAGGUGGAGAGAUGGAAGUGAAUCUGAGAUGUUUAAUAAGCUGGAAAGUGUUAUCAGUGGGAAACAGCCUUGCACUCCUGUGUUGGGAUGUAGGAUCAGUCGAGCAUUGGACACACCAGUAGUGGGAGAAACGUUUAAAACAAAUCGUAUCAAUUGGGUCGUCCAGUCAUCAGCAGUUGACUAUCUCCACUUACUUCUCGUCUCAAUGCGUUGGCUAUUUGACACAUACAACAUUGAAGGUCGUUUCAGCAUCAGCAUUCAUGACGAGGUGCGAUAUUUGGUGAGGAGCAAGGAUCGGUAUAGAGCUGCUCUUGCCUUGCAGAUCAGUAAUCUUUUGACUCGAGUGAUGUUUGCGUAUAAACUUGGGAUGAAUGAUUUGCCACAGGCUGUUGCUUUCUUCAGUGCAGUUGAUAUUGACACAGUUUUGAGGAAGGAAGUAAACAUGGACUGUCAAACUCCGUCUAAUCCUCAUGGCUUAGAGAAAAGAGGAAUUCAACAUGGUGAAGCACUUGACAUCUACUCAAUACUGAAAUUAACAAAUGGUGGCCAUCUAGAACAUUGUAGUCAGUCACAGGACAUUGUGUCACCCAAGGGAUGAAACCAUCUGGUUAUACACCCAAGUCUGCAUUGAUCAACAGAUGCCAUGUGUAACACUGAAUAUACAGUGUAUAGUGUAUGUAUUAUUCUUAAUCUACCAAGAUUGUUACAUGUUCACCACUUUAUAUUUGUAGUAUGGAUACGUCAAUGUGAUAGUUAGCUCUGCACCAUCAGAGCCUCUGGGAAG